UGCUGCCUUUUUCCUCCCCCCUCCUUCGCAGUUCAAUCCUCUCCAUAUACAGCUGAUUUUUCUCUCUCGCUCUCUCUUUGCCAUUUCGUUGCCUGCUUAAGGUUCUUUGAUCGGAAAUGGAAUACGAAGAAAGCUACCUGCAAGCAAAAAGGCCCAAAUACGAUUGCCUCUUGUUUGAUCUUGAUGACACCCUUUAUCCCCUUAGUUCUGGUAUUGCAUCUGCAUGUGGCAAGAACAUUCAAGAUUACGUGGUUGAAAAGCUUGGCAUAGAAGAGAGCAAAAUCACUGCAUUGGGUAAUCUUCUGUACAAGAACUAUGGAACAACCAUGGCAGGUCUCAGGGCUAUUGGCUAUGACUUUGACUAUGAUGAAUACCACAGUUUUGUUCAUGGGAGACUACCCUAUGAGAAGUUAAAACCAGAUCCUCUUUUAAGGCAUCUUUUGAUGACUCUGCCUAUUCGGAAAGUUAUCUUUACAAAUGCAGACAAGGUCCAUGCGCUUAAAUGUCUUAACAGGCUUGGGUUAGAAGACUGUUUCGAAGGGAUUAUCUGCUUUGAGACCCUAAAUCCUACUCACAAGAGCACUGUUUCUGAUGAUGAGGAUGACAUUGCGUUUGUGGGAUCAAGGGCUGAUGAUUCUGUAGCUAAUAACAGUAAUCCUAAAAUUUUUGACAUUAUAGGACAUUUUACUGAACCAAACCCAAGUACUGAAUUACCAAAGACACCCGUUAUAUGCAAACCAUCUGAAGCAGCCAUAGAGAGAGCUCUCAAGAUGGCUAACAUUAAUCCUCAAAGAACUUUGUUCUUUGACGAUAGCGUCCGCAACAUCCAGGCCGGAAAGAACGUAGGCCUACACACUGUACUGGUUGGCAAAUCUCAAAGGGUCAAAGGCGCGGAUUAUGCCCUAGAGAGCAUCCACAAUAUCAAGGAAGCAUUACCGGAGCUUUGGGAGGCUGAGAUAAAAUCAGAAGUUGGUUACUCAGGCAAUGUUGCAGUUCAUGCAUCAGUGACAGCUUAGAAUUGAACAUAUGUUGUUAAUUAUCAGUAUCAUGACAAAUGAUAGGAGAAAUAUUGCUAGUGGGAAUCCUACCAUCCCCAGUUUCUCAAAUCACUAUUCAUAUGGUGUAGAUGUUCUGUUCUGUUCUGUUCUGUUCAUAAUUUUAAUGUCAAUAAAAAUAAUUCAUCUUCCUUGGCGUA